UUAAUCAUUCUGCCAGACAUUGCAGAGGGCGCUGAUCGUUUGACAACUGUCAAAAGUGUCAUUUGUUGACUUGUCGAACCGCAAAUUGCAAAUCACGCCGAAAUUUUCAAACAUUAAUAAAAACAAUGAGUUCAAUAGGCACAGGCUAUGAUUUAUCGGCGUCUCAAUUUUCUCCCGAUGGUCGAGUUUUCCAAGUGGAGUAUGCAAUGAAAGCUGUGGAAAAUAGCGGCACCGUUAUCGGUCUGAGGGGCAAAGACGGAGUUGUCUUAGCAGCCGAGAAAUUGGUCAUGUCUAAAUUGCAUGAACCAGGCACCAAUAAACGAAUUUUCAACGUCGAUAGACAUGUUGGGAUGGCCUUCUCCGGCCUUAUUGCCGACGCAAGACAAAUCGUGGACAUCGCACGCCGCGAAGCCGCCAAUUACAGAUCCCAGUAUGGGGUCAGUAUCCCCCUUAAUUAUCUCAACGAUAGAGUCAGCAUGUAUAUGCAUGCUUACACUUUGUAUAGUGCUGUCCGGCCUUAUGGUUGUAGCGUGAUUUUGGCGAGUUGUGGAGAAGAGGGUCCCACUAUGUACACAAUAGACCCCUCAGGAGUCAGUUAUGGUUACCACGGAUGCGCUAUUGGCAAGGCGAAACAAUCAGCAAAAACCGAAAUUGAGAAAUUGAAAUUGUCAGGGAUGACCUGUAGAGAGUUGGUUAAGGAGGCGGCAAAAAUAAUUUACUUAGUACAUGAUGAGCUCAAAGAUAAGAAUUUUGAGCUAGAGUUGUCAUGGAUGUGUGAAGAGAGUGGUGGAAGACAUGAAAAAGUGCCUGAAAAUGUGUUUCUUGAGGCGGAAAAGGCUGCAAAACAAGCAAUGGAGGCCGAUUCUGAUUCAGAUACUGAAGAUAUGUAAUUUUAUUUUUUAUUUUUAAGUAAUAAAUUUCUAAAAAAAUGA